AUGUUUCUAGAUGAAAAUCAAAUAUCUGGAAGCAUCCUUGGUGUGAUAGCCAAUCUUUCCAGCUUGGAACUACUUCACAUGUCGAACAACCAAUUCACAGUUCACAUUCCCCCCGACAUUGGAAAGUUUCAAAGCCUACAAGAGUUGAAGUUAUCGAGCAAUCAAUUAUUCGGGAAUGUUCCAUCAUUUUUAGGAAAUCUAACUGCUUUAACACAACUCCGUUUAGAUAGAAACAAUAUUCAAGGAAACAUCCCUUCAAGUUUGGUGGAUUGCCAAAACUUGAUAGCACUUGAUCUUUCGUGGAAUAGCCUCAAUGGCACAAUACCUCAUCAGAAAAACCAACAAAAACUUUCUUCAGAUUUAGAAGGAAACUCACUCUUGAAAGUGUCUUAUCAAAGUCUCCUUCAAGCGACUGAUGGGUUCUCUACAACCAAUUGGAUUGGUAUGGGUAGCUUCGUGUCUGUGUAUAAAGGAAUUCUUGAUCCUGAUGGAACUAUUAUUGUUGUGAAGGUAUUUAACCUAUCACAUCAUGAAGCUUCCAAGAGUUUCAUAGCAGAGUGUGAGACGUUGAGGAGUAUUAGACAUCAAAAUCUUGUGAAAGUGUUAACUGCAUGUUCGAGCGUUGAUUAUCAGGGCAACGAUUUUAAAGCUUUGGUUUAUGAAUUCAUGGAAAAUGGUAGUGUAGAGCGAUAUCUACAUCCUAAUCAAAUUGAAGAUUUGAAGUUAAACCUUCUUCAGAGAGUAAACAUUGGCAUUACUGUUGCUUAUGCACUGGAUUAUCUUCACCAUGGUAUCCUUGCACCAAUAGUUCAUCGUGAUAUAAAGCCAAGCAAUGUUCUUCUGGACAAAGAGUUGGUUGGUUAA